AUGGCUGCCUUUGACACUGUUGACCACUCAAUCCUCUUGUCACGGGUGGAAAACUGUGUGGGAAUCAAAGCCUUGGGUUCCAUGAACAGCAUAACGCCAGAAAGUCCUGAAGAACAUGUUGCAGAGGGAGGAAACAUCAACCUGACCUGUAAAUAUGAGGGUGCUAUCUACAGUAUCCAGUGGUACCGACAAUACCAGAGAUCCAGACCAGAGUUCCUGCUCUACAUCACAGAGAGUGGAUCGAUUCAUCCAGCUGAUUCUGUUUUCUCAGCUCACAUUAAUAAAGAAGAGAAACGUGUGAAUCUGGAGAUCAUCUCAGCUAAAGUGACAGACUCUGCUGUGUACUACUGUGCUAUGUCUCUGGACCUACGUGAUCAUCACGUGACUGCUUUGACUUCAGUAGAUAUGAAGUGUUUUGAGAAAGUCAUUAUCAACUUGUUUGCCUGUAGGUGUGACAGAGCUGAUGGUCAAGAUCGAUUCUUCUGGUAUCGACAACAUCCAGGAAAACCACCAGAGUUCCUCAUCUUUCACUUGGGAACACAAAAUGCAACAAACUCUAGAUGGUCUGCUAAAGUGAGUGAUGAUAAAACCCAAAUGGAUCUGCAGAUCUCCUCUGCUGCAGUGACAGACUCUGCUGUGUACUACUGUCUAUCUGUUUACAGCGAGGCACUCCACAAGGAAGUCUUCUUCUCCACAGUUCAUUUCACUAUCCCUGAUGAGACAAAUACAAAUUCCAGACUGAUGAUGAUGAUCUCAUAA